AUGACACCUGAAAAUUACUGUCUACUAAUUAUUGUCUGUUCUUUCCACCUCUUCGAAACUGGAAAAAGUGACCACUUGGAAUUGUCAACGUACUCACCAGUAACCGAUUCUCAACUCCAUGUGUCUUUGUCUAAUGACCAUAUGCAAAUUACAAGCGCUGGAACUCCAAUUGUAAUGGAAACCGGACCAGACAAUCUACGACUACAGAAAAUUGAUCAUCAUGCAGCUGGAAUAUAUUUCCGAAUCAGUCAAAAGGGUGUGGAUUACAUCACAGAUUUGGCUACCGAGGCAUUACCACAGUUGCUUGAAAAAUCCGAAAUGCCAACUAUUGAGCAGCCACAAAUAAAAAUUUCACAUUUAACUGUCGAUAAAUUUAGUAAUCCGACGAUAAAGGCUAAAUUUCUUAACAAUAUUGGCAUUGGGGCAUAUGUAUUCUUACCGCACGUGAUGCUUAACGCGAUCUACGACGCCUCUACCUUCUUCAGCACGCAUAAAGGGAAAUUAAAGGCUGACGUGCAGAAUUUAAGUGUCACUAUGGAAGUACACAUCAGUCGAAAUGAAAGCGAAAGAUUGAACAUUAUUGAGACACCUAUAUGCAAUGUCACAUCUGAUCUUGUAAGGAUUGUUUUCGCUGGUGAUAUGUCGACGUAUCUAAACUUGCUGAGAUCAAUAAUUGAACAAGCAGUAACCGAUGUUCUUGGGAGCGAACUUUGCCAACUUGCAAUAAAAAUAGGACAGUUUUUCGAGAAACAAAAACAACAGAUUUUGAUGACUACGCCUAUUCCACUAUCGAUGCAAUCAUCAACGUCAACGCCUACACAUUUAUUGAAAUUCGGCGAAUUACAUCAACCAGUUAAUUCGAAACUAGUAGAAAGUGUUGAAGAUGAAAAUGCCUUCUAUGAAACAUCCAAUGAAAAGAUAGAAGAUGACGAGGAUUUAGCAGCAAAAUUUGCAGCUGAUUUAUGUGCUGAAGACCGGAUCGACAUGAAUGUAAUGGCAUACUCGGGAGAUGAGAUUUAUUUGCGAAGGAGACGUGACCUCUAUUUUGAUACGACUCCUGAAAAUCAACGUUUCAAUCCACUGUUGAAAGAUGGUCUCUGGGCACCCGACUUGACCUUACUUUACCCGCCGAAGUUCUCGGAUGAGGAUGUGAUAUUCGGGCUCGAUGCGGGCAUUGUAUUUUUUGGACGAAAGGCUAAAAAUGUCAAUCGAUCAAAUAUGCUCAAUAUAUCAGCUUUUGGUGAUCAAAUGUUUGGCAUGAUUGUCAGCGAAUAUGUACCCAACACAUUCUUUGCACAUGUUUACGACGAAAAUAUGGGAGUGUUACGGGAAACAUUCCGUACUCAUAAUUUGCCGAAAUUUAUAAAGCCGAUAGCUAAGUUGCUUUGUGCUCGUUGUGAGCUUCAAUUUAUUGCUAAUCUAACUAGACGACCACAUCUCAUUAUUAGUGAACAAGGUGUUAAAAUUGAUCUUCAAUUUGAUUUGUUGAUUUUAUUCAUCGGCAAAACACGGAGGCAUAAUAUUAUCAAUGCGAACACUGAACUUGAUGUAACGGUUCGUCCAUAUCUCAGACACAGCCGCUUGUAUGGUGAUGUCUCAUUGACCGGUGUGGACAUUAAGAUAAAGGAGGUUUGUUUUUUCAGGAAAAAUGAAUUUGAUUACUUAAUCGUUUCUCAUGAACGAAAUAUUUUCUUAUUUCAAUACCAACAAGGUAACCAACUACGCAUGUAA